AUUGAGAAAGACCAAACUAGUCUACAUGAAACUUCGAUAGCCACUAUUUUUGUUCUUUUCUUUCUUUUCCUUCUUGUUAUAUACAGAUCUCUGAAGCUCAAAUCAUCUCAAAUAUGGCAGGAUUUAACAGAAACCUUACUUUGGUGACGACUCUUUUGAUAUUCCAUCAACUAUGUAGCAACGUAUCUUGCUCCACAAGCAACUCAUUCACUAGAAACCACACAAUACGAGAGGGAGACUCACUGAUCAGCGAGGAUGAAAGCUUCGAGCUUGGAUUCUUCACCCCCAAAAAUUCGACGUUAAGGUAUGUUGGAAUAUGGUACAAGAACAUAGAACCUCAAACAGUUGUUUGGGUUGCGAAUAGAGAGAAGCCGUUGUUGGAUCACAAGGGAGCUCUAAAGAUUGCAGAUGACGGAAAUUUGGUGAUCGUGAACGGUCAAAACGAAACCAUUUGGUCCACAAAUGUCGAGCCCGAGUCAAACAACACGGUUGCUGUUCUGUUCAAAACAGGGGAUUUGGUUCUGUGUUCAGACUCAGACAGAAGAAAAUGGUAUUGGGAGAGUUUUAACAAUCCAACCGACACUUUCUUGCCCGGUAUGAGGGUUCGGGUGAAUCCUUCGCUUGGAGAAAAUCGCGCAUUUAUCCCGUGGAAAUCCGAGAGUGAUCCUUCACCAGGAAAGUAUUCAAUGGGGAUUGAUCCUGUGGGAGCACUAGAGAUUGUGAUUUGGGAAGGGGAAAAGAGAAAAUGGCGUAGCGGACCGUGGAAUUCGGCUAUCUUUACCGGUAUACCUGAUAUGCUCCGUUUCACAAAUUAUAUUUACGGGUUUAAGCUCUCUUCUCCUCCUGAUAGAGAUGGUAGCGUGUACUUCACGUAUGUUGCCUCAGAUAGUUCCGAUUUCUUGAGGUUUUGGAUUAGGCCUGAUGGCGUAGAAGAGCAGUUCAGAUGGAAUAAGGAUAUCAGGAACUGGAAUUUGCUUCAAUGGAAACCAAGCACGGAAUGUGAGAAGUAUAACCGUUGUGGUAAUUACAGUGUAUGUGAUGAUAGUAAGGAGUUUGAUUCCGGUAAAUGCAGUUGCAUUGAUGGAUUUGAGCCGGUUCAUCAGGAUCAAUGGAACAACAGGGACUUCUCAGGUGGCUGCCAAAGAAGAGUUCCUUUGAACUGUAAUCAGAGUCUGGUUGCAGGUCAAGAGGAUGGGUUUACGGUACUUAAGGGAAUAAAGGUGCCUGAUUUUGGAUCAGUUGUUUUACAUAACAACUCAGAGACCUGUAAAGAUGUAUGCGCAAGGGACUGUUCUUGUAAGGCUUAUGCGUUAGUAGUAGGGAUCGGAUGCAUGAUUUGGACCCGUGAUUUGAUCGAUAUGGAACAUUUUGAACGCGGUGGAAACUCUAUCAACAUCCGGCUAGCGGGUUCUAAACUAGGUGGUGGGAAGGAAAAUUCAACACUUUGGAUAAUUGUUUUCAGUGUUAUAGGAGCAUUCUUACUAGGAUUAUGCAUUUGGAUCUUAUGGAAGUUUAAGAAAAGCCUUAAAGCUUUCUUGUGGAAGAAGAAAGAUAUCACAGUUUCUGAUAUCAUAGAGAACAGAGAUUACUCAAGCUCGCCGAUCAAAGUUCUAGUAGGGGAUCAAGUUGACACACCCGAUUUACCAAUAUUCAGUUUUGACAGCGUAGCCUCAGCUACUGGAGAUUUCGCUGAAGAGAACAAGCUUGGACAGGGCGGAUUCGGUACUGUAUAUAAGGGAAACUUUUCAGAAGGAAGAGAGAUUGCAGUGAAGAGACUAUCAGGGAAAUCUAAACAAGGACUAGAGGAGUUCAAGAACGAGAUCUUACUAAUCGCGAAACUCCAGCAUCGGAAUCUUGUUAGAUUACUAGGAUGUUGCAUUGAAGACAAUGAGAAGAUGCUUCUCUAUGAAUAUAUGCCAAACAAGAGUUUGGACCGCUUUCUUUUUGAUGAGAGUAAACAAGGAAGUUUGGACUGGAGAAAACGAUGGGAGGUCAUUGGAGGAAUCGCGAGGGGAUUACUUUACUUACAUAGAGACUCAAGACUAAAGAUCAUUCACCGUGACCUAAAAGCUAGCAAUAUCUUGCUAGACACGGAAAUGAAUCCAAAGAUCUCGGAUUUCGGUAUGGCUAGGAUAUUCAACUACCGACAAGACCAUGCCAACACAAUCCGAGUCGUCGGCACAUAUGGUUAUAUGGCUCCGGAGUAUGCAAUGGAAGGGAUAUUCUCAGAGAAAUCAGAUGUGUAUAGCUUUGGAGUGUUGAUAUUGGAGAUUGUGAGUGGAAGAAAAAACGUUAGCUUUCGAGGGACUGAUCAUGGAAGUCUCAUUGGUUAUGUACGUCUCUUUUCUUUAACCAUAAAUUUUCAGGUCUAACUAAAAUAUUCGAAUAUUUGUUACUAAUGAAUGUUCUAAACGGAAAAAAAAAAAUAAGGCGUGGCAUUUAUGGAGCCAAGGAAAGACAAAAGAGAUGAUAGAUCCAAUUGUGAAGGACACUAGAGACGUGACGGAAGCGAUGAGAUGCAUCCACGUGGGUAUGUUGUGUACACAAGACUCGGUCAUUCACAGACCAAACAUGGGUUCGGUUUUGUUGAUGUUGGAGAGUCAAACCAGUCAACUUCCACCCCCGAGACAGCCGACCUUCCACUCGUUCUUGAACUCUGGUGACAUUGAACUCAACUUUGACGGUCACGAUGUUGCCUCCGUUAACGAUGUUACUUUCACAACAAUUGUUGGUAGAUGACUCACUGACCAGAAGUUAUUUUUCCCCAAAACGCUCUUUGACUAUCCAUUUGGUCUCGAACUCUUUUCUCCAUAGUUUUCAACUUUUUAUACAUAAUUAAAUUCUUCGUUGAAAAUAUUAUAAUACAUGUACAUUGACGAUGAAAAACUAAUCGGAUUUGUACACAACAUACUUUUAGCAACAAAAGAGAAGAAGCUCAACAACAUACUUAAUUGUGAAGAAAAAAGCGUUGUUGUUCGAACAUGAAUUGGAGAAGUUGGAAUAUGGACAAAGGUAGUGGCAUCGAAGGAGGAAUUUCCAGUGAUUUGAGAUUUAAUGAGUUUUAAGAUGAUUUUGUUGAAUUUUAGGG